AUGGCCGAGGAAAAGGACCAGACGGGAUCCUCCUGGGACCACCUGCCGCUGCCCGAUGAGUAUCCUGAACCAAUUAAGGAGAACAGAGUAGAGCUGAAUGGAGAGGCAGAGGAGGGUGCUUCUGCUGACCUCAUGAAGGAAAGCACCAAAGAUCAGUCAGUAAAAUGCAGCCCGAACCUGCUGCAGAUGCUCAAGGCAGCAGAGAGCAGGCGGACACCUCAGGGUCAGGACAGAGAUGGGACAGAGGCAGGAGAUAUGGUGGCUGAAGCUCUGAAGACUGAUAUGCAGAUACAGUUCACUGACCAGAAGCAAGAGUUCAACAAACGCCUCACCAAGACCGGUCGUCGCUCUCUGUCUCGUUCCAUCUCCCAGUCGUCUACAGAUAGCUACAGUUCAGUGUGCAGCGACAACUCCGAGGAUGAGUCUUCUCCCAGAGACAACCUUCAGAAGAACUCCAAGGGCCUUUCUGACUUCUGCAUCAAAAACAUCAAACAGGCCGAGUUUGGACGCAGAGAAAUAGAAAUCGCACAGCAAGAAAUGCCAGCACUGAUGGUUCUGAGGAAAAGAGCAGGUGGGGAGAAACCUCUGGCGGGAGCUAAAGUGUUGGGCUGCACUCACAUCACUGCACAGACAGCCGUGCUGAUUGAGACUCUGUCUGUGUUGGGGGCUCAGUGUCGCUGGACGGCCUGUAACAUCUUCUCCACUCAGAAUGCCGUGGCUGCUGCUCUGGCUGAACGAGGCACCUCUGUGUUUGCGUGGAGAGGAGAAUCAGAGGACGACUUCUGGUGGUGUAUUGACCAAUGUGUCGGUGCUGAGAUCUGGCAGCCCAACAUGAUUCUGGAUGACGGUGGCGACCUGACCCACUGGUCUCACAAGCACCCGAGCCUGUUCAAGAAACUUAAAGGCAUCGUGGAGGAAAGUGUUACAGGCAUCUACUCGUUGUACCAACUGUCAACCAGGCAGGCAAGCUGUGUGUCCGCCGGCAUGAACGUUAACGACUCGGUGACAAAGCAGAAAUUUGACAACCUUUACUGCUGCAAGGAGUCCAUGCAAUAAAAACGUGGUGGGGAGGGAACAUCUGGACAGAAUGAAGAAUGGCUGCAUAGUCUGCAACAUGGGACACUCCAGCACUGAGAUAGAGUUGGCGAGUCUGCGGACUGCAGAGCUGAGGUGGGAGCGUGUGAGGCCUCACGUGGAUCACGUUAUCUGGCCUGAUGGCAAGAGAAUCGUCCUGCUGGCUGAGGGCCGUUUGUUGAAUCUGAGCUGCUCCACGGUGCCUUCACUCGUCCUCUCCAUCACCGCUACAACUCAGGCCCUGGCUCUCAUAGAGCUGUACAGUGCUCCAGAGGGACGAUACAAACAGGACGUCUACCUGCUGCCAAAGAAGAUGGAUGAAUUUGUAGCCAGUCUUCACCUGCCGACGUUUGACGCUCGCCUCACAGACCUGAGUGAUGAACAGGCCAAGUAUCUGGGCAUCAGCAAACAUGGACCCUUCAAACCUAACUACUACAGGUGA